UGAGGUUCACUCUCAGAACCGUUGAUACUCAUAGUGCUAGUGCUAUUUUUCUACCACCCCGGCGCGGCGCUCUCGUUGCCGAACUCACUGACGGACUCUUGUGAUUCAGUGAAUUUUUAUUGUGCCAGGCAGAGACAGAGGACUCCUCGUGAGAAUAAAUGACAAGGAAUAAACAUUACUUCUCGGACAACAAUACGAUCUGAAGGAUGGCCAUGCCAACUGCGUUGUUCUACAUACUGUGGACAGGAUCUAAAGGGAUGACGUUGGACUGAAGAUGGCCUCUCCUACUCCAUCUAUAGACUCUAUAACUGGAGCUAACUCUAUUGGAUCAUUAAUUGACCAGAACGAACCCUACCACUCGCUCAGCAACUCCCCCACCACAGCAUCGCCCACAGCUUCUGUUAGCAGCAGCAGCUUCAGUGGCAACGGCAACCAGUUCCCCACUAAGUGUUUUAUAUGCAAUGACAUUUACACCAACCCAAAAGUCCUACAUUGUUUACACAGCUUUUGCAAGGAUUGUCUGGAGUGCAAGCAGGAACAUCCCAACAAAAUAGAGUGUCCUCGUUGUCACCACGAGAGUAUUUUGAGCCCCAGAGGCAUCGCUGAUCUCCCAACGGACUUUGUUGUCACCAAUAUCAUCGAGAGUCAGAACACAAGCGGUUACUGUACUAGUUGCAAGAGUCGGACAUCCUACGCUGUCUCCCGUUGUGUCGAUUGUAAGAGUUUUCUUUGCGACAACUGUACUAUGGCGCAUCAGUUCAUGCAUUGUUUCGAAGGGCAUCGUGUCCACUCCUUGUCACAGGAAAGUGGAGAGAAGGAAGACCUGAAGACCGGUCUCGGACUUAAUAAUGGUGAAAAGGAACAAUACUGUCCUCGUCACAAGACGACCAUCUUGAAGUACUUCUGCAGAAGUUGCAAUGUUCCCGUUUGCAAAGAGUGCACUCUCUUUGAUCACCAGAGCCCGACACACGAUUGCGAAUACAUUUCUGAAGCAGGGCCAAAACAAAUUGAACUCAUGACACAAGCUGUUCAAGAAGGUAAGAAUAAAGCUACAGAUCUGCGCAACUUAAUGAAAACCCUCGAGCAUUCCUCUCAGAGACUUCAGGUUCAGUACCAUAAAGCUCAAAAUGAAAUAAAUGAGACUUUUCAAUUUUAUCGAUCUAUGCUGGAAGAGCGCAAACAAGAUUUGCUGAAGGAGUUGGAGAGUGUAUUCAGUGCUAAGCAGAUGGGAUUGAAUGUAGUUGGACAAAAGGCUCAAGAUACUAUUGAAAAGAUCUAUCAAGUUUGUGAAUUUAUUGAACGUUUAGUAAAGUGUUCAAGCAUAAGUGAAUGUCUACUGUUCAAAAAAUUUAUGGACUCGAGAUUGCAAGCUUUGACUUGUUAUACUCCUGAUACAUCUGUACAGCAAGCGUUUGAUCUUGAAUUUGUGUCUAACUAUCAGGCUAUCCAAGUUGGUGUAAGGAACACUUUUGGGUAUGUGAGAUCGAGUGCAGAAGUCAUUGGUACAAGUAAGCAGCCUCCCAUUGCAAGACCUACAAAUGGUUCAGUUCACAUAAACGGAUCCUCCCCUGUGAAUGGAUGUAUGAAUGGUGGAUCUCUACAUACUGUAAAUGGAACAACUUUGAAUGGUACUCUCAAUGGUGUCCUAGAACAACGACCUUACUCAAAUGGUUUAUCUACACCCAGCUCUACGUCUCAGUAUGAAUCAAACAUAAUCUCCAAAAGAUUCAGCAGUGCCAACAGUUUAGGACCUUUCUCAACAUCAAUAAGUGACUUGGGCUUGAAUGGAAUUAACCCGUAUGAGAAAUGGUCAAGUGGUGGUAGUGACAUUUUCCAAAAUGGAGGAAAUGAAUAUAUGAAUACUCUUUCUCUUGGAAGUCAGGGUGAAACUAUGCUUGAUCUCAGCACCAAAUUCUUGUCGUCUACUUCUAUCUUCCCACCAAAGUCUCAAAUAAAACGGCAGAAAAUGAUAUACCACUGCAAGUUUGGUGAGUUUGGAGUUCUUGAAGGCCAGUUUACUGAGCCCAGUGGAGUUGCAGUGAAUGCUCAGAAUGACAUUAUAGUUGCAGAUACCAAUAAUCAUCGCAUUCAAAUCUUCGACAAGGAAGGCCGUUUCAAGUUUCAGUUUGGUGAAUGUGGAAAGCGAGAUGGCCAACUCUUGUACCCAAACCGUGUUGCCGUUGUGAAGACUUCAGGUGAUAUUAUUGUCACAGAACGGUCUCCAACACAUCAAAUCCAAAUUUACAAUCAGUAUGGUCAGUUUGUGCGCAAAUUUGGAGCAAAUAUACUACAACAUCCACGUGGUGUUACAGUGGAUAAUAAAGGACGUAUUGUCGUUGUUGAAUGCAAAGUGAUGCGUGUCAUUAUAUUUGAUCAAGCGGGCAAUGUAUUGCAGAAAUUUGGCUGCUCCAAACAUCUUGAGUUCCCUAAUGGCGUUGUAGUCAAUGACAAGCAGGAAAUAUUCAUCAGCGACAAUAGAGCUCACUGUGUGAAGGUUUUCAACUAUGAAGGUGUCUUUCUUCGGCAGAUAGGCAGUGAAGGUGUUACCAACUACCCAAUAGGGGUUGGCAUCAAUAACGCUGGAGAAAUCUUGAUUGCAGAUAAUCACAACAACUUCAAUCUGACCAUAUUCACUCAAGAUGGACAACUAGUAUCUGCCUUGGAAUCCAAGGUGAAACAUGCUCAGUGCUUUGAUGUUGCUCUAAUGGACGAUGGCUCGGUUGUGCUCGCCAGCAAAGACUACCGACUGUAUAUCUAUCGCUACGUCCAGGUACCACCAAUCGGUCUGUGAACAGUUACAUAUCUAUCAUCGAAACCAUUCCUACCACGUUGUUUAUGCAUUUAUUGAUCCGGGAAUGGUACUCACUGUUAAUGUUCCCAUGUUGGUUAUGUUUACAAGUCGCAAAUUGUUUGAUCUUUCUAUACAACCAAAACUUCUCUUCCCAUGAUAAUAAUUUAUUGUAACUAGUUUUGUACUUGUUGGGUUGUAAGACAUUCCGUGCUGGUGACGCGGUUGUUUCUUGUCAGUCGGCUGACUGACUAUUGUUGUUGUACAUACCGAACAACUGUUGUUUCCUGUGACCAAAUAACUUUAAGGCACUUCGUAAUGUAAUCAACUAAUUGUUUUAACCGUUUCUUAACGAGGCAUAUUUGUUUUGAUUAGUGAUAAGGCUGGAUACAGAGAGGUGAAGUUCGUCUCGCUGUUCCUGGUAGAGAUAAGAAGAUACUCUUUUCCAAAAUCAUUUUACAUAUUUUUUACACGUGUGCUAACUCGUGCUAUUACCAGACUGUGAGGGAAACCGAAGGACUGCAUUUUAAUCAUUAUAGUUUUUAGUAUAUAAGUAUAGUUUUAAUACGUGAGGUUGAAAUCACAAAUUGUCUCGUUUUCUUAAUUUGUUUAGUUUUAUUACAAAAGAUAAGCAAUGAUAGUUUUAAUACAUCACGAUUGUGUGUGUUUGUAUGUUUUCCUAUUCUUUGUUAAACUGUCCCCUUUGUUAAAUGCCCGGCGACACCAACAAUUGUUGAGCGGAACACGCACCCUAGUCACAAGUUAGUUGCGAUGUCUGCAGGGAGGCUUUCCCGACCGUUUUUUUUUCCAAGGAACAAAUUUUAUACUAUGUUUUUUCUGUAAUAAGUAUUUUAUCUUUAGUUCAUUAUUUCCUUUGUUGUUAUUUCUAUUUAUCGAUACUAGUUAAGGGUUUUUUUGCAAAGAGGAUGUCAGAUAGGCACUAUAUGUAGUUAUUACAGAAAGAAUUUGUGUUUGUUUAUUGUUGUUUGAAUUUUUGUCAGUUCACAAUAUUGUAACUACACUUUUAAUUUGAUUUAGUUUAGUUAAGAUGUACGGAUCAGUAUUCGAGUUAUUGCAAUCGUAGUGGAAACUUGAGUUUCUUUUAACUGUUAAUAAUGUUAUUUUUGUAUGACUUGACGCCAAAUUUUAGCCUUGGAUUUGCCUUGUGCCAUCUUGGUUUGUUCUUUCUUUGUUACUCAAAAGACCUAUUCUGUUAUAUAAAUACUUACUUUGUUGGUCUCAUUACGAUAGAAGUACAGACACGAAUGUUGUUUUUAGUUCAUGAAGAGUUGAUCCCCAAAGCUCUUAAAAUGUUAUUUAUGUAUUUUCAUAAGGAUCGAGGCCAAAAAUACCAUUUGGCGAUAUUGCAUUUAAAGUGUUUUUAUAUAUCAUAGUUCUUGUUUCAUGUUUUGUGUUAGCAAACAUAAAUUAUUAUUAUUAUUAUGCAACUUCAGAUUUUGUUUUCAAGUUAUUAUUUUGUUGUAAGAUGUUUCAGUUUUUAAUAUAUGAUUACUUUUUUCAA